AUGAAUAAAAGUUCAGUUUCUUUGGUCGCCACAACUGAAGUGAUUUCUUUGCAAGAGGCGCACACGGAUACCCAGCACAUAGCCCCCGCGACAACCGACAUGACAUCUGCUGCCCCCAGUAGCAGUAACGUGGAGGACCCCAUCAACGAUGGCACCGAUGUCAUGGCCGAUAUUGUGGCCGACCUCGCCUGUCGUGUCUGUGGUCGCCUUAUCACUAAUCAUCCCGACCCUACUGGUGGUUACAACGGCAACGGCGGGAGCAACAAUGCGAUGAUUGAGUGCUCUCUUUGUCACGGCCUCUACCACCAACUCUGCCACACCCCACCCCUUCUUGGCCGUUUGCCCACGGCCAGCUUGAGCUCGGGCAACAAUAAAGUUGAUCACAUGCAUGACAAGCAACAUCACGUCGCCAAGCUGCCCGUCACAUACCUGAGCACAAAGAGCCUCUUGGUGUAA